UAGUAUUUGCUGCCUAUCACCUCAUGCAGUAGCUCGUAUGUGGUGACUUACACUGCCACACAGCAGACAGUAUACAUGACAGCUCGAUGCCUCUUCUCGCGAUCCGCUUGAUACAGUACAAAUAUAUAUUGUGCAUACGUUGACGUUCGAUACGCGUGUCCAAUAUUUUCGUGCAGCAAAACAGCGACGGUCAUACCAUACGGAUAUACUUUUUGUGCUCUUCGUCUUCGUCCGCAUGGCAGCCUCUAACGACGAAGUUACUGAAAAAUUGGCAAGACUCCGGGUUAAGGAAGGUGAAAAAACAUCAAACCUAAUUACUGAAAAUUCAACGAUGGCCACGGAAUUCAAGAAUGACGUUUUCGAGCCACAUUUGUCGGGUUUUGACAAUAAGGAUCUUUACAGGCUCGCUCUCUCGUUUUACAAAGAGAAAGAAGGAAAAGCUGUUCAUUUAUCAUAUGAAGAUAAGUUGAAAUUGGUGGCCUUUACUCAACAAGUGUCUCAUGGUAAAUUUUCUGCAGAAAAAUUGCCAGAUUUAGGAGUUUUGGAUGUAAUAGGUAGAGACAGACGAAUAGCAUGGCAAAAUUUAGGAGAUAUGACUAAAGAGCAGGCUAUGGAGGGAUUUGUUAUAUUCUUAGAUAAAGUUUGCCCUUCAUUCAAGACUUAUGUUGAAGCACAAAAGCGCGAUAUACAAGAAAAAGCUAGACUUAAAAAGGAGCAAGAACUCCAAAAAUUAGAAGAAGAGAAAAGACUACAGGAAUGGAAUGAGCAAAAAAUGAAGGAAGAAGAAGAACGAUUGAAACAAGAAAACCAGAGAAGGCAGGUACAAGAUGCUUUGAAUCAGCAAACUUUUAGCCAAUUUAAGGCAUACGCUGAACAGCAAUAUCCUGGAAACCCAGAACAACAAGGCAUACUUGUUAGACAAUUACAAGAGCAACAUUACCAUCAAUACAUGCAGCAGUUGUUUAGAAAUCAAGAACUCAUUUUAGAAGAAAAUGAGAAAGGUAUGAAAGAAAAUCAACAUUUGAAAGCUUUAAUUGGAGAAUCUGCAGAAGAUCUGUUGCUUACAAAUAGUGAGGCUACUCAAGAAGAAUCAGAGGAACAAGAAGACUGGCCUAAAAUACUCCCUCCAGAUAUGUGGACAAAUGCUAACAUAGAUGAAUUUAAAAAUACAAUUAGAAGAGAGGCAGGAGAUGCAGUAAUAAAAAUUGGUCAUGGUGAAACUGUUACUGUUCGAGUGCCUACGCAUGAUGAUGGGAAUUGUCUAUUUUGGGAAUUUGCAACUGAUGGCUAUGAUAUUGGAUUUGGUGUGUAUUUUGAAUGGUCAAAACCAGAAACUACACAAGUUUCAGUUCAUAUAAGUGAAUCUGAGGAUGAUGAUGAUGAAGAUGAUUAUGAAAGUAGAGAAGAUUUGGAGACCGGUGAUGCUAGUGAAACUCCAAUGUCUGACUACAAACCCAGCAGCAUACCUAUUAGUGUCAUAAUACCGGUAUACAGGAGAGAUUCACAAGAAGAGGUGUAUGCAGGUAGUCAUAAAUAUCCUGGACAGGGAGUUUAUUUACUUAAAUUUGACAAUUCUUACUCGCUUUGGAGGAGCAAAACUUUAUACUACAGAGUAUAUUAUACAAGACCCUAAAAUAAUAUAUUUAUUAUACACCUGUUGACCAGAAGACCACUGCUACAAGUAAUUUAUAUAAUGCUAGUCCAAUGAAAAAAUAAGAGCACAUUCUUCUUCACAAAUAAGAAUUAAAAAUUUCUAUAUUUGCUACGUAAGUAGACAUAUGAAAAGUAACACUUUUUCAACAACAAAAAAUAAAUCUAUUUAUCAAUUUUUUACUUCUUGAAGAAUGCAUCUUGUAUCAACGUUUCAUGUAAAUAAUUAAUAAUUUUAAUUCAUAUAUAAUAUGAUUUGGGGUAUGAACUGUAUGGUACCAUGUGUGUUAGUAGUGCAACAUAGUAUUUAUUGUUGUGUCCAAGUAUAGAUGAAACAAAGUUUCAAUUUUGUUCAUGUUAAAAUGUAAUAGGUUAAUAAUCAAGUUGUUUAAAAAUAUUAAAUUUAUUUAUACACACAAGUUUUCAAAAUCAAAAUAUAUUUCAAAUGUAUAUGAUUUGAAAAUUAUUUAAUUAGCAAUAAAAAUUAUAGAUUUCUAAAAUUCAAGUGAAAUGGAUUUUACACCAUUUUUUAUCUAUUUAAGCACAAAUUAUUAAUUUUAUUCCAUUCAACUGAAACUUUUAUAAAUUUCAACCAAUUUUCUUUCUAUCACAAGCAAAAUCAUUAAUUGUAAACUUUAAAUUUAAAAAUGUCAUA